UUAUUAAAACCCUACAGUUCUACUGGCAUUCGCACUCACUUGUAUACUGUUCGGACACCCUGACAGUCAAUAAAGAAUCCGUCUUUUUAGGGCACUGGUCCGGACUUUUUUUAACCAAUGGCGGAGGAAACGGAGAGUAUGCAAUCGGCGGUGGAGUCGGUGAUGGAGAAGAUCAGCGAGAAGAUCCACGGCCAUGAUUCAUCGUCUUCUUCGGAUUCGGAUUCGGAUUCAGAUCAUGAGAAACCAGCUUCCCCUAGCUCCGUUAAGGCUAAGAUUUAUCGGUUGUUUGGUAGGGAGAGACCUCUUCAUCACGUUCUCGGUGGUGGAAAGCCUGCUGAUGUGUUCUUGUGGAGGAACAAGAAGAUAUCAGCUGGGGUUCUUGGUGGAGCAACUGCAAUCUGGGUCCUUUUUGAGUUGAUCGAAUACCACCUACUUACUCUGCUCUGUCACAUUUCGAUACUCUCUCUUGCAGUAUUGUUCCUCUGGUCCAAUGUCCAUACCUUUAUCCACAAGACUCCACCUCGCAUCCCACAAGUUCAUUUGCCAGAGGAGCCAUUCCUUCAGAUCGCCUCUGCUCUGACAAUUGAACUUAACCAGGCAUUGGAACUGCUGCGAGAUAUUGCAUCUGGAAGAAAUCUGAAGAAGUUUCUUGUGGUUGUAGCAGCUUUUUGGGUCCUCUCGGUUGUGGGGAGUUGGUGCAAUUUCUUGACCUUGUUCUACACAUCUUUCGUGUUGCUGCAUACGGUACCUGUUUUGUAUGAGAAGUAUGAGGACAAGGUUGACCCAUUUGCAGAGAAGGCAGUGAUUGAGAUAAAAAAGCAAUAUGCAGUUUUUGAUGCCAAUGUUCUGAGUAAAAUUCCUACAGGUCCCUUGAAGAGCAAAAAGGUUUAGAAGGCUCAGGUGUUUAAACCCUUAAAAAUUCUUCGGUAGUUCUGGGUGUCCUGGUUGUUGUAGUGUUGUCUGUUCACAUUAGCUGGAGACACUUCCUCCUCAAUCAAUUGUUUACAAAAGUUUUGAUUUCAAAUUACAUCUCUAAAUGCAAAUCAGUUGUUAGCAAUAGGCCAAGCUUGCAGGUUGCACCAGAA